AUGCCCAAGGGUAAAAAUCCCAGAGUUACGGUUAUUUUGGAAUGUACCAGUUGUGUCCGAAAUGGUGCCGAUAAGAAGAAGGAAUCACCGGGCAUUUCCAGAUAUAUUACUCAAAAGAAUCGACACAAUACACCUGGUCGAUUGGAAUUGAAGAAAUUCUGUCCCUAUUGUUACAAACAUACGAUUCACGGGGAGAUAAAGAAAUAG